CUAGGCGGUCGCGGCGGUUGACGCCAUCCGGCCGCGCCGCGAGAAGGUCACACGGGAUCUUCCAACAUGGCGGCGGCGGCGCUGCGGGGUGGCUGGUGCCGCUGUCCGCGGAGAUGCCUUGGCAAUGGAGUCCAGUUUCUUUCCAGCCACAAUCUACCCCAUGGUUCAGCCUACCAGAUAUGCCGGCCAGGUGGAGAGCUGCCACUGUCCAAAUCAUAUUCCUCUGGAAACAGAAAGGGUUUUCUGUCUGGCUUGGUAGAUAACAUCAAACAAGAAUUGGCCAAAAACAAAGAGAUGAAAGAAAGUAUAAAAAAAUUCCGGGAUGAGGCCAAGAAGCUGGAAGAGUCUGAUGCGCUCCAGGAAGCCAGAAGGAAAUAUAAAACCAUCGAGUCGGAGACUGUGCGAACCAGCGAGGCGAUAAAAAAGAAACUGGGGGAGCUGACGGGGACAGUGAAGGAGAGUCUUGACGAAGUCAGCAAGAGUGACCUUGGCCGAAAGAUCAAGGAGGGGAUGGAAGAAGCUGCCAAGACAGCCAAGCAGUCUGCUGAGACCGUGUCCAAGGGAGGGGAGAAGCUGGGCAAGACAGCGGCCUUCAAGGCCCUCUCCCAGGGGGUAGAGUCUGUGAAGAAGGAGAUCGACCAGAGUGUUCUGGGGCAGACUGGGCCUUACCGCAGGCCUGAACGGCUGAGGAAAAGGACAGAGUUUUCAGGAGAGAAGUUCAAAGAAGAGAAAGUCUUUGAGCCCAACGAGGAGGCUCUGGGAGUCGUGCUGCACAAGGACUCCAAGUGGUACCAGCAGUGGAAGGACUUCAAAGACAACAACGUGGUAUUCAAUCGGUUCUUUGAGAUGAAGAUGAAGUAUGAUGAGAGUGACAACGUGCUCAUCCGAGCAUCCCGGGCCCUGACCGAUAGGGUCACUGACCUGCUGGGAGGCCUGUUCUCCAAGACGGAAAUGUCAGAGGUGCUCACUGAGAUCCUGCGGGUGGACCCGGCCUUCGACAAGGACCGGUUUCUGAAGCAGUGCGAGAAUGACAUCAUCCCCAACGUCCUGGAGGCCAUGAUUUCUGGAGAGCUCGACAUUCUCAAAGAUUGGUGCUAUGAAGCUACCUACAGUCAGCUGGCCCACCCGAUCCAGCAGGCCAAGGCCCUGGGCCUCCAGUUCCAUUCACGCGUCCUAGACAUUGACAACAUUGAUCUGGCCAUGGGCAAGAUGAUGGAGCAGGGUCCCGUGCUGAUCAUCACCUUCCAGGCCCAGUUGGUGAUGGUGAUCAGAAAUCCCAAAGGCGAGGUGGUUGAGGGUGACCCGGACAAGGUGCUGCGCAUGCUGUACAUGUGGGCCCUCUGCCGAGAUCAGGACGAGCUCAACCCCUACGCAGCCUGGCGCCUCCUGGACAUCUCUGCCUCCAGCUCAGAGCAGAUCCUCUGAGCAAGGCAGCAGUGACCAGGGAGCUCUGCGGCUGGAUCAUGUCGGUCACAUAUACAGGGGCAUCACCCCUGGCAACUAUAGACCUCUGGGGACAGUACUCUGGUCUAUGCCUGGAGCUCAGACAGGGAGUGGAGAACCAGCUGGACAAGGAAGGGGUUGCAGGUGCCACGUGUCUGGUGGCAGGAGAUGUGCCCCACAGCACCAGACUGGGGCUGCUGAUAGCGGGUCACCAUGGGUGUACCAGCCACACAGUGCCAACAGGCUCUCAGGAGGGGAACUCCCCCUGGGGACAGGGUGGUGGGGUAAAAAGGCUGCAGCUCCCAGGGGCCUGCUGGCCACACCAGCCAGGCCAUUUUAGGUCUGUCUUUUAUCAGUGCUCUUAUUUCCUGUACAUAAGCCUGAGAUUUGGAAAUAAUAAAACACCAAAGUGCAGAAGAGCA